CCUAUUUCCCUAGCGCGAUUCCUCUUCUCGAUUCAUCCAUUUUCUGAUGUCCCUCUGCUUCUUCUUCUUCUUACCUGCCUCUUCUGGCGAACGCCUAGCUGGGAGCGACUCACGAGGCUUCAAAAUGGCGAAGUGGCGGAUUACAGAGGCGAGACUUGGGAGCGGGGUGGUGGUCGCCGCGUCGCCGGCGAAAGAGACCGGAGUUGUGGUCGGCGUCUCCUUUUCAUCCAUGCAUGAGCUGAUUGCGGAGGAGAUUGCGGCGGCGGCGGAUGGGGCAGAGUGGGGAGGAGUGAUGGAGAGUGUCUGUGUUCUUGGCUGGUCGGAGGCCGACGAGAGUCGGGGGAGGGAGAUCGCCUGAGGUUGUGGCUUGUGGGUUUCGUCGAGGGAGAUUAGAGGGGGAGGAGUGAGUGAGCGGCUGCUGGUGGCCACUGGUGGGUGAGAGCAGGAGGGGUAGGUUUAGGGUUGAGUGGGUCUUGACUCUUGUGGGCUAUGUUGCUUUGGGCUGGGCUGAACGAGUUUAUAGUGUGGGCCUGAGGGAUUGGGUUGUGGUAGUGGGCUGGGCUUGAGAAGUUUAUUUUUAAGUUAAUCCGGUUUUCCGGUUUUAACCGGAUUGGACCGGGUUGGCAAACAGACAGACCGGAGACGGGAUCAGAUUGGAUGCAAUCUGGUUUCCGGUUACAACCGGGACGGUUUAAACUGGCCGGUUUCCGGUUUGACCGGAAAACCGGGACUGGAUUCCCAUCCCUACCAAGGAAGGUCUAUGCGGGAUCGCUAUGGAUUCCUCUUUUCCAACCCUCUAAUCCAACACAGCCAAUGUGCAUUUCUCAUCAAUCAACACUAUCACGAUGCUGUAUCAUAUGUGAUAUAGUUCUCUAUGUAAAAGAUUGUAACCAAAGUCUAGUACUGUUUGUACAGUUUUCAGUACUAUAUACGUAAGUUCUAUUUGUAUACAACAAAGCUGGUGAUGAUGAAUAUAUUGGGUUUUUCUUUUAAUGUCUUUUGGGGGCCAAAUACAUCCUACAAGAAACAAAGAAGUUUGUUUCUGUACUGAUGUUCUAGAAUGUGGUGGUUUGGAAUUGAAUUUUAGAUCUUUAAGUACUGAUGUUCUAGAAUGGUUUAAGAGAGUAAUUUACUUGUGGUUUACCAUGAUUAAGAAGUGUCUACUAUUACAGAUGACUGUUUAUUAGGUACCGGUUCUCAAACGGUUUUUAAACGGUCUAAUGCCGGCUGGACUACUAAUGACCGAGCCGUUCACGUUACCGGGUCAUACUCCGGCUCGGCUUUGACAGCAUUGGUUUAAUGUUUAUGCUCGUUGUGAUGUGUUUAGAGGGGCUGGGGAGGCGGCUAUUUAUAGGAGCCGAACCCCUAGGAAUAUACCCUCUUGCUUGGGGAAUAAGUCGGAUUAAUUAAGGAAGAUAAUUACUUCCUUAAUUAAAACCGUCGGUUAAGAUAAACCCUGCGGGAUUAUCCUUCGAAUAUUCCUUUUUAGUCGAUUAUCCUUAGAAUAUUCCUCAGAAUAACCGAUUAAUAAUUAAUUAUUAGAUAAUUAAUUUUGUUCGGAAUUUCUCCAAAAAUAUAUAUAUAGAUAGUCUCAAGUGAACCAACCAACCAACCGGUCGGUCGGACGGACGGCGCGCGCGCGUGGUGGUCCGUUAGGUCCUCCCUCUCCCACAAAAAUGGGUUACCCCAAAGGCAUGCCCUUAGAAGAGAGGCUCCUAUCUUUAUACACAUUUCACUUGAGACUCUAUAGUUUUCAAAGCUAUUCAUAUACAUUUCCAACAAUAUCGUCCACACAAAAUGGAGUUAACAGGUAACCACUUUCUUGAACAACAGAAAUAGAGGUACCACGAGUCACGGCACUCGUGGAAAAUCCUUUCUUCUAUGUGUUUCAUCGAACUUUUCAUGCAUGAUGAAUCCCAUUUGCAAUUUUACAUCAUUAUUCCUUUUCUUUUUUUGAGUGGCAACAUCAUUGUUUCUUUGGUACAUUGCAACUUUUAAUUUAAGCACAUGGUUUUCGACUUUAGCCAACUUGGCCACUUUCACAUUUGCAACUAUACAUACAUUAUCAUUUGUUUGGUAAAUUGCCACAUAAAAUUUAUACCCGUUUUAGUCGACCCUUACACUUUCCUUUACAUCUUAAUGAAGCUCAAGUUGGACAUUAUUUAUACCCAAAAGAAUUUGCAAAUUAUGAAAAAGUCAAAAAGGAGCCCACAUAGGCCAACCAAUUAUGUAUUUGAGCCACUUGAAUAAGGAUCUAUUCGGUUG